UCUAUAUGUAAUGCCCUUAUCGCUGUUAGUUGUAUCGACCAGUCAUUAAUGGAGGACGUCAAUGUUCCGUUUCUGGCACCCAGGCAAGAGGACACCCAGUCAAAGCCUUCAACCAACUUGGUCUUCCACGCUGGUGAAGUUGAUGACAUUCAACCCAUUAAUGGAGUCAGUGAUUUCUACCGGGAAUUCUGUUCCGAGUCCAAGAAGCUCUUGUACCUCUCCUUUCCGGCCAUUUUCACUUCCCUCUGCCAAUACUCCAUCGGCGCCGUCACUCAGGUCUUCGCCGGCCAUGUCGGAACUAUUGCACUUGCUGCCAUUUCCGUCGAAAACACCGUCAUCGCCGGAUUUUCUUACGGCACCAUGAUUGGAAUGGGAAGUGCGCUAGAGACACUCUGCGGGCAAGCGUUUGGGGCAAAACAGGUAGAAAUGCUGGGGGUUUACAUGCAAAGAUCAUGGAUUAUCCUCAACACCACAGCCUUUCUGUUAAUGUUCAUUUACAUCUUCGCCGGCCCGGUGCUAAGGCUCAUCGGCCAGACGCCGGAGAUUUCGAAAUGGGCCGGCACCUUAUCCCUGUGGAUGAUCCCGCAGCUGUUCGCCUACGCAAUGAACUUCCCCAUCCAGAAGUUCCUACAAGCGCAGAGCAAGAUGGUGGCGAUGGCUGUUAUCUCCGCGGUGGCUCUCGCCGCCCACGCUUUGUUCAGCUGGCUCUUCAUGCUGAAGAUAGGGUGGGGGAUGGCCGGCGCCGCGGUGGUGCUCAACUCGUCGUGGUGGUUCAUAGUGGUGGCGCAGCUGGUGUAUAUCUUCCGUGGGAGUUGCGGUGAAGCUUGGACUGGGUUUUCAUGGAAGGCUUUUCAGAACCUGUGGGGAUUUGUUAGGCUGUCACUAGCGUCGGCUGUCAUGCUUUGCUUAGAGGUGUGGUAUUACGUGUCGCUUAUUCUGUUUGCGGGAUACCUCACAGAUGCAGAAGUAGCUGUUGAUGCAAUUUCUAUAUGCAUGAAUAUCUUAGGGUGGACAGUCAUGGUGGCUUUUGGAUUCAAUGCAGCAAUAAGUGUAAGAGUAUCAAACGAGCUAGGAGCAGGGCAUCCAAGAAGUGCAAAAUUCUCAGUGAUGGUAGCCUCAAUCACUUCACUUCUAGUUGGCGUCGUCCUAGGAUUCCUUCUAAUCCUCGUAAGAAAACAAUACCCGCCGCUGUUUUCUGAUAGUCCGAGGGUCCAACAACUCGUGUCCGAGCUUACACCUCUGCUAUCUUGCAGCGUCGCCAUUAAUAGCCUUCAGCCUACCCUCUCUGGAGUCGCCAUUGGAGCUGGGUGGCAAGCUUACGUUGCAUAUGUCAACAUAGCAUGCUACUAUAUUGUUGGCAUUCCUAUUGGCCUCGUUUUGGGUUUCGUCUUCAACUUGAGCAUCGUGGGCAUUUGGUACGGAAUGAUGUUUGGGACUACAGUACAAACCUGUGUGUUGAUAUGGAUGAUUCUAAGAACUGAUUGGAACAAGGAGGCUUCUGCUGCUGAAGACAGAAUAAAACAAUGGGGAGGAGAACCUGAUUCCAAAGGAUAUAAUUGAUCAUGCUAUUGGCUAAGAUCAAAAUUAAUAUUUAAAGUGAUAAUAUCAUUAUUAAUGGUUUCAAUAUUGUAGAGAUUUUCUGCA